CUAACCCGAAUAAGACAGGCAAGCGAACCCCUGAGGCCGUGCGCUGGUCCAAAACAGGCCACGACUGGGUGACAUUGCAACGUCAACUCAACAAACCGCUGUGUGGCCACGAGAUUUCCGCCCGCAUGAGCAGGCCUUUCGCGUCAUACUAUUUUCGGGACCCCUCGCCCAUGGUAGUCGCCCUUUUUCGCGUCCGGAAGUUCGUAUGACUAGGUACGGGGGAAUGGGGAGGACGCGCCCAAAAAAGCUCACCUCAAAGGCCUCGAUCCCCGUAGUCCGGGAACACGAGGUCGAUUUCAUCGACGAUGAGGACCAGAGCACUCUACAACAGGUGGAAACCGGCGUCGAGAAGGCGGAGGAGUCGGAAUUUCAUCUACAAGUUGCAAUAAACGCCUCUGCGCGGGGAAAAAUAGCCGAAGCCCAUAUCCCGACCCCGGAGACCAUACUCAGUGACCUUCGAUAUGACGAGCUCUACCCACCCAUCUUCUCCCAGCCGGCGACGUAUAUUCGCUUCUCCUCCACUGUGGAGGACUGUUGUGGAUGUCCCUAUAAUAUGACGGAUGAGGACGAUGUGUUCCUGAAGAUCAUGAACCAGAAGCGUGAUGCAUCUGACCGGUGUACCGACGAUCAGUUCGAGGAAGUUAUGCACUUUUUCGAGGAAACAGCACAGCUAAAACAACCAUAUGCUGCUGUAGACAAUCCGCCGGUCCUUUCUCUCUCGGAAAUGCAGGAAGCUAUGGAUGAUUUGGUAGAUGAUAGCGUAAAGCGAUUUGCCAAGGACAUCUAUGAGCACUGGAAAACAAUCAGAAUCCGAGAGGGCAACCACUUGCUUCUGCCAUCCCUCAAGUUCGAAACUGGCCAGGACACGGAUGAUACCGAUCCUUAUGUCUGUUUCCGUAGACGCGAGGUUCGUCAGAUUCGCAAGACCCGCGGUAGAGAUGCGCAGAGUGUCGAGAAGCUGCGGAGACUCCGGAAGGAGCUUGAAGAUGCGCGGCAGCUGGUUGCCUUUGUGCGACAGCGUGAGUUGGCGCGCAAGGAGAUGCUGUCGGUUGAACGACAGGUAUUCCUGCAGCGUUCUGAGGUGAAGGACAUGAAAAGGAAACUCGGAAUCAAGGACGACGAUGAGGACCUUAUCAACCAGAAGCCGAAGAAGAAACCCGUCGAAGUACCAGUCGUACAGCGACCAACCGCACCUCAGUUGCGUCUUCCGCAAAAGCCUGGUGUUCAAGGCGCGGAAGAUUUGCAAUUGCUCGAGGAUGUGCAAAUGGAGAAGGAGAACGAGAUUCUGCGCGAUAUCAAGCAGAAUAUUGCCAAACAUCUUAAGUGGAACGAGGAGUAUGUGGACUUGACACGCGCUCCACUUUCACCACCCCCGGAGAGGAAAUUCGAGCCUGCCUUCCGGCCAGCUAUUAUUACCCAGUUACCGACACCACCAUCCUCGGAUUCAUCCGAGAAUAUGAUGUUGGAAUCGGCCUUAGAUAUAUCCUCUCCCUCCUAUAUCCACGAUAAAUUAGCCUCACAUGCCAUGAGCGUUAUGGAUAUAGAUGAGGAUACCAGACGGAUACCAUCAUUCCGACGACGGAUCGGACGAGGCGGUCGAAUGAUGAUCGAUCGUCGAAACCUGGCCGCGCGAUGUAGAGUGGACAUGGAUUCAUACAAGGCCGACCGGUUCAAGUAUGACCAGGAAGAUUCAGACGACGAGCCCUGCUAUGAGCGGGACAAGUAUGAUAUCCAGGUCAUGCAACAUCGGGCGAUCAUGGCAGCCAAGGCUCGUGACCAAGCCGCAGCUGCAGCUCAAGCACAGGCCCAGGCACAACGACGUCUUCAGGCCGAUCAAGUUUCCACCAACAACAUACCGUCGAACGGGACACAAUCAAUGGGCUCGAACCCAGGCCCUGGCGCCAUCGCUCCGGCCGUGGAGACUUAAGCUCGUCUUCCUUUUUCCCACUCCUCUCUCAUCACUUGCAUUUGGCGGGCGUUUGUCGUUUUCCACCGUUCUUGUCCGUCCCGACUAAUAUUGUAGUUUUAUUAUUCCCCUCUUCUUUCUCGCGAGUUGAUCUCUUGAAAAUUUUCUUCCCCUCCCCAAGAUCGGUGGAUGAUUCGAAGGCUAGAAAAUCGUUGCGGCGGCAUCCUUUUUUUCAUUUUCUUUUGAGUUUCUUCCCCAACCUCUUAUGACAUGAUCCCGAAAUCCUCACGAACCCCUCUUUGUACAUAAAAUUCCCUCGCCCUCCCACAGUCGAUAGACUCAUGUAUG